CAGUUUUGAUUGAUGAUGUGCUAGGAGGAUAAAACCUAUUGAAAGAUGACUGGAAAUAUGACUUAUCCAAACCUAGUCAAGUUCUCGAAUUGGUACGGAGGUAUCCAUGGCUACCUUAGUAUAGCAGUUUGUAGCUUCGGGAUCGUUGCGAACAUCUUUAAUGUUGUCGUGUUGUCAUGUAAAAAUAUGGUAACGCCAACCAACGUCAUUUUACUCGGACUAGCUGUAUCGGAUUUGCUGACGAUGCUAUCUUAUAUCCCGUUUGCGUUACACUUUUAUAUUCUUUACCCGAGUCCGCCUAUGGGAUCGGCAGCUUCUCCUGAAAGGAAUUCCCAACCGUGGGUAAAAUUUUUCCUCUUUCAUGCUCAGUUUACUAUAACGUCGCACACAAUUUCAAUAUGGUUAGGAGUGUUGCUGUCUAUAUUUCGUUACGUCUACGUCAAAGCGUCGAACGCUGGCAAAGUUCCGUGCGGUAUAAAUAAGGCGAGAAUAACAACUGUUUGCGUAAGUGUUUUUGCUGUAAUCAUUCUUAUCCCGAACUACAUAUGCCUUAGGAUUUUACCCAAAACGACACCAGAUAAUCAAACAUAUUAUGAUCUUGAGACCCCUCAUAACGGUUCUGACGUUCUUAAGCACAUUGCAGUGUUAAACUUUUGGACUCAAGCCUUAUUGGUAAAAAUCAUUCCUUGUGCCCUUAUGACUGUGUUUGGAGGACUUUUGUUACUUACAUUGAGGGAUACAGGUCAACGAACUAGUAACCUUCGCAGAUCAAACAACAGUAAUACAAAUCAAAACUUUAAAAGGCGCAUGCGGAACCACACACGGACUACACGCAUGCUGAUAAUGGUCAUCGUGCUGUUCCUCGUGACAGAGCUUCCCCAGGGCAUCCUGUCGCUGAUAAGCGGUCUCAAUCCAUCGUUCUUUGAUAAUAUUUACGUUCCUUUGGGGGAUAUAAUGGAUAUCGUUGCCCUUAUCAAUUUCGGUAUCAACUUUGUACUUUAUUGUUCAAUGUCUAAGUCAUUUCGUGACUGCUUUGUGAAGAUUUUUUGUGCAAUUGAUCCAAGUCUGGUGGAGAGAAUUGGAAACAGUAGAGGCAUAAGCAGUAAAUGUCAAAUAGGUAGUCACCAGAUGCGGCCUUUAAAUGGACACGUCGCUUAUUUGAGUGACAGCCCGGAGGCUGAAAACAUACCUACUAAGGAAUAUACUGUCGAACUUUUAAACGGAUCAAAUGGGAAAUGCGUUGUAAAAAAUGAAGGUUGCUUAAAGAAUACGAUGCUUUAAUUGUAGGAUAUCGAUCUACGUUUAUUAUCUAGUCAGACGAACAUAUUUAUUCUGAACGGAAAAAUAAUCACGUCCUUGAACACUUGGAAGCAGUUAAUCAACAACAUGUGUCUUUUAUCGCAUGCUCCUCAUUAAUAUGUUAUCAGUUUAUCAUCAAAACCGCUAUCCGAC